AAAUGCAAUAGCUCUGUUAACUUUACGUUGUUGUGUUGUACUUUGUGUUUUUAGUAUUUCCAUUUGUUCAACACGUAAACAAUUUGUUUGUAUGCCAAACGCAAUCGAGACAAACAUAUGCGUAAAUAGUCAGUAAAUCACAAAAUAUGAUACACAGCCUGUUCAUAGUCAACAGCAGCGGGGAGGUUUUUCUGGAGAAGCAUUGGCGCUCGGUUGUCUCGCGCUCCGUUUGCGAAUACUUUCUCGAUGCGCAGCGUGCAGCGCCAUACGAUGUGCCGCCCGUCAUUGCCACGCCCCACUACUAUUUGAUUACGGUGCAGCGGGAGAGCGUCUCUCUGGUGGCAGCCUGCAAGCAGGAAGUGCCGCCAUUGUUCGUCAUCGAGUUUCUGCAUCGCGUCGUCGACACGUUCCAGGACUAUUUCGGCGACUGCUCCGAGUCUGUGAUAAAGGACAACUAUGUGGUCGUCUACGAGCUGCUCGACGAAAUGCUCGACAAUGGCUUCCCCCUUGCCACCGAGAGCAACAUACUCAAGGAGCUCAUCAAGCCGCCAAACAUAUUGCGCACCAUCGCCAACACAGUCACCGGCAAGAGCAACGUCAGCACCACUCUGCCCUCGGGCCAACUGUCGGCCAUUCCCUGGCGACGCAGCGGCGUACGUUAUACCAACAACGAGGCCUACUUCGAUGUCAUCGAGGAGGUGGAUGCCAUCAUUGACAAAUCCGGUUCCACGGUCUUUGCCGAGAUACAGGGUCAUAUCGACUGCUGCAUUAAGCUCUCAGGCAUGCCCGAUCUGACGUUGUCGUUUAUGAAUCCGCGUCUCUUUGACGACGUCUCGUUUCAUCCGUGCGUGCGCUUCAAGCGCUGGGAAGCGGAACGCUUGCUCUCCUUUAUACCGCCCGAUGGCAACUUUCGCCUGAUGUCUUAUCACAUUAGCUCGCAGUCUGUGGUCGCCAUACCCAUCUAUAUACGGCACAAUUUUUCCAUUAAGACCGGCGAACAGGGUCGUCUCGAUUUGACAAUUGGGCCACGGAACACGCUCGGCCGGACGGUGGACAAAGUGAAGCUGGAGCUGACGAUGCCCAAUUGUGUGCUGAACUGCCUGCUAACGCCCAAUCAGGGUAAAUACACCUUCGAUUCGGUGAGCAAAACACUUUCCUGGGAUGUCGGACGCGUCGAUGUCUCCAAGUUGCCCAACAUUCGCGGCUCGGUAUCGAUAAUGCCCGGCAGCACCAACAUUGAUGCCAAUCCGUCCAUCAAUGUGCAAUUCCAAAUCUCACAGUUGGCCGUUUCGGGAUUGAAGGUCAAUCGGCUGGACAUGUAUGGCGAGAAGUAUAAGCCCUUUAAGGGCGUCAAAUAUUUAACCAAAGCAGGCAAAUUCCAGGUGCGCAUGUAGCUGCAUGCCCCACACGCCCCAGCCGAGCCAGGCCUCUCCUCACAGCUUUAAUUAAGUGUAAAAAGAAGAACAAAAGAAAAUGAUUUCUUUAAGUAUAAUGUGCAAGAAAUGAUUCGAAUUCGAUUUCGAAUUCUACUGCUAUUUCUAUUUUGAAUUAUUUUAACGAUUAAUCGCUUAUGUUGUAUGCUAUUCAGACUUAAAAACAAAGAAAGAAAAAGAGAACUGUGUCAAAUAAUGCAAGACGUUUCGGGUGUUUUAUUAAAAUGCACUUGCUAAU